CCCGGAGCGUCGCUCUAGUUCUUCCCCUGUAGGCGGCGCGGGAGGGGAAAGUUUGCGGGGCAGUGCCGGGAGGAUCGCCUCCCCUUCCCGAUGUGAGCAGCUUCCCGAACGCUCUAGAGGAGACGGUUCCCCGGAGAGGCGGCGGACGGGAACAUGAGGCAGCGGCUCCUCUUCCUGACCACUCUGGUGCCCCUUGUCCUGGCGCCCCGACCUCCUGAGGAACCGGGCUCUGGCUCCCACCCGCGACUUGAGAAGCUUGAUUCUUUGCUCUCAGACUACGAUAUCCUCUCUUUGUCUAAUAUCCAGCAGCACUCCGUAAGGAAAAGGGACCUACAGUCUGCAACACACUUAGAAACACUGCUAACUUUUUCAGCUUUGAAAAGGCAUUUUAAAUUAUACCUGACAUCAAGUACUGAGCGCUUUUCACAAAACUUGAGAGUCGUGGUGGUGGACGGGAAAGAAGAGAGCGAGUACAGCGUGAAAUGGCAGGACUUCUUCAGCGGGCAUGUGGUUGGUGAACCUGACUCUAGGGUUCUAGCCCACAUAGGAGAUGAUGAUAUUACAGUAAGAAUCAACACAGAUGGGGCAGAGUAUAACAUAGAGCCGCUUUGGAGGUUUGUCAAUGAUACUAAAGAUAAAAGAAUGUUAGUUUAUAAGUCUGAAGAUAUCAAGGAUGUUUCACGUUUGCAAUCUCCAAAAGUAUGUGGCUAUUUAAAAGCGGAUAGUGAAGAGUUGCUUCCAGAAGGGCUCAUAGACAGACAGCCAUCUGAAGAGUUUGUUCAUCGAGUGAAGAGACGAGCUGAACCUAACCCCUUGAAGAAUACUUGUAAAUUACUGGUGGUAGCAGAUCAUCGAUUUUAUAAAUACAUGGGCCGAGGAGAAGAGAGCACCACCACCAAUUACUUAAUAGAGCUAAUUGACCGAGUUGAUGACAUAUACCGAAACACUUCGUGGGACAAUGCAGGAUUUAAAGGUUAUGGAGUACAGAUAGAACAGAUUCGAAUUCUCAAGUCGCCACAAGAGGUAAAGCCUGGUGAAAAACACUUCAAUAUGGCAAAAAGUUACCCAGACGAAGAAAAAGAUGCUUGGGAUGUGAAGUUGUUGCUAGAGCAAUUUAGCUUUGACAUAGCUGAAGAAGCGUCUAAAGUCUGCCUGGCUCAUCUUUUCACAUACCAGGAUUUUGAUAUGGGAACUCUUGGCUUAGCUUACGUGGGUUCUCCCAGAGCAAACAGUCAUGGAGGGGUUUGCCCAAAAGCUUACUACAGCCCAGGUGGGAAGAAAAAUAUCUAUUUGAAUAGUGGUCUGACUAGUACAAAAAAUUAUGGUAAAACCAUCCUUACAAAGGAAGCUGACCUGGUUACAACUCAUGAAUUGGGACACAAUUUUGGAGCAGAACAUGAUCCUGAUGGCCUAGCAGAAUGUGCCCCAAAUGAGGACCAGGGAGGGAAGUACGUUAUGUAUCCCAUAGCCGUGAGUGGUGACCACGAGAACAAUAAGAUGUUUUCAAACUGUAGUAAACAGUCCAUCUACAAGACCAUAGAAAGUAAGGCUCAGGAGUGCUUCCAGGAGCGCAGCAACAAGGUGUGCGGCAACUCCAGGGUGGAUGAAGGAGAAGAGUGUGACCCAGGCAUCAUGUACCUGAACAACGACACCUGCUGCAAUAGUGACUGCACUCUGAAGCCAGGUGUGCAGUGCAGUGAUAGGAACAGUCCUUGCUGUAAAAAUUGUCAGUUUGAGACGGCCCAGAAGAAGUGCCAGGAGGCUAUUAAUGCUACUUGCAAAGGCGUGUCUUACUGCACAGGGAAUAGCAGCGAGUGCCCCCCACCAGGAGAUGCUGAAGAUGACACUGUGUGCUUGGACCUCGGCAAGUGCAAGGCUGGGAAGUGCAUCCCCUUCUGCAAGAGAGAGCAGGAGCUGGAGUCGUGUGCGUGCGCCGACACUGACAACUCAUGCAAGGUGUGCUGCAGGAACCAUUCCGGCCCGUGUUUACCCUACGUCGAUGCAGAGCAAAAGAACUUAUUUUUGAGGAAAGGGAAGCCCUGUACAGUAGGGUUUUGUGACAUGAAUGGCAAAUGUGAAAAACGAGUACAGGAUGUGAUUGAGCGAUUUUGGGAUUUCAUUGACCAAUUGAGCAUCAACACUUUUGGGAAGUUUUUGGCAGACAACAUCGUAGGGUCCGUCCUGGUUUUCUCCUUGAUAUUCUGGAUUCCAUUCAGCAUUCUUGUCCACUGUGUGGAUAAGAAACUGGACAAACAGUAUGAAUCCCUGUCUCUAUUUCACCACAGUAACAUUGAGAUGCUGAGCAGCAUGGAUUCGGCAUCUGUUCGCAUUAUCAAGCCUUUUCCUGCACCCCAGACUCCAGGUCGUCUGCAGCCCCUGCAGCCGGCCUCCAUGAUGCCACCAGUGUCUGCGGCUCCAAAACUGGACCACCAGAGGAUGGACACCAUCCAGGAAGACCCCAGCACAGACUCGCAUGUGGGCGACGACGGCUUUGAGAAGGACCCCUUCCCCAACAGCAGCGCAGCUGCCAAGUCUUUUGAGGAUCUCACAGACCACCCUGUCACCAGGAGUGAAAAGGCGGCCUCCUUCAAGCUGCAGCGUCAGAGCCGCGUCGACAGCAAGGAGACAGAGUGCUAGUGCUGGUCUCGUCCUGCUCAGGACAUGCACGUGCGGAUGCUCUAGCUGAAACCAAACAUGGUGGCGACCGGAGGAACAUGGAAGCAACUUAUAGGAUGCUGGUCAUGUGACGUGACCUUCCUACGACAACCUGUGUAGGUGUAGGCCCCUUGAAGGGAUGAGGUAAAUGUGGCUUAUUUCAGGUUUUGGGUUUUCUCUUUUAUAAUCUAAAAUCUCUUUUGACCUGUGGUGCAAAAGCAGAAAACAAGGCUGGAUCUAGUGCUUGGGGACAGUCCACUGUCGUGGUCCCCUCACCAGUGACGCACUUGGCAGUUAAUACUGAGGAUAACUGGAGUAGACUUUUCAUCAUUGUGUUGCCUUCAGCUGUAUGUACACUGUCUCCAAAUGUGGCCUGUCUUGGCACUGGAACUUUGCAGAUGGAAAGUUCUGUCUAUACUUAGGGCCAUAUUGACUAAGAAAGGUCUUGUCCAGGAUGAAGACUCUUAGCUUCAGGUAAGGUGUGCAGUAACAGCCAUGUAAACUUAAGAGAUGCCCUACUAAUUGUCAGGCCCCAUUCACUGGGCAGUUUCUCUGCCUUUAAAAAAAAGGAACAACGAUUUUGGGCUGGAGGGUUGGCCCAGCAGCGCCCGGUUCCAUCCCCAGCACCCACAUGGUGGCCUUCUGACCUCUGCGACACCAGGCAUGCCUGUGGUGCAGAGAUAAGCAUGGGCAGACACAUAAUUUAAAAAGCUAGGUGCUGGGAGGAAUUUCAGUGUCCCCACAACCCUGCCAGGAAGAACAGGAUUUCUGCUGUUGGGAGCUUGAGCAAGGGGCUCUUACCAGAACCAGUUCUCAACAGGCUGGGUGCGCUGCCACUCUCUGCCUGGGCCCAGCCCUGGAAGAACUGAUCUUCAGACCCAGCAAGACACAAUGACCUCUGGCUUUAGUGCUUCAGGAGGCUGGACGCUGCAUACUUACUGUGCGGAGGACAAAAACCAUUAGCCUGAAUUCUGAUUUCUAUAAAGUUUAGUUACAAAAGCAUUUGUUCUCCUAAGAGUUGAAAUGUGCUCAACCAGCCAACACAUUUUAACCAAGAUAACUUGUAAACUGAGGACAGCUAACCAAACCUGUGCCUUGUCUCUCCGAGGACAUCUGUUACACUAAUACUUGAACAUGGACCUUGUGGUAUUCGCUCUUUUAACUACCAUGAUAGCCUUAUAUUUUGAGGAUUUGCUAUAAGGUGAGUGGGGUGUGUGGGUGUAUGUAUGAAUCAAAGUUCUUGGCAAAACAUAAGAAAAGCAUUUUUAUAAAGUUGACUUUUUAAACAAA